CAGCAUUUCACAUCUGUGCAUUGGGAACAUGUUCAUAGUUGUAUAUUUAUUUUCAUGGGCAGAUAUUCCCAAAUCCCAAUGCACGGUUGCAAGGGACUGGGGGACGGUGCGGUCUUAUCAACAAAUUCGAGGAUGCACUGGCGAAGAAUAGAUCGUUGCAGUCUUGGGCCACCAAAGGGGUUGGAGGAAAAAGAGCCCAUUGAUUUGGCUGCAAACAAAGAUCUCUUGUUCACCUAUGACCGUCUUUCCUUCACCCAAUGCCAUAACCAAUUCCUCCAAAUUCAGAGCUCCUACCAGGUAUUGAGAGAAUUUUACAACAUCUCUGUAAUAGUUCUUUCAUUUUGUGUAAAUCACAUCUCGGUAUCAAAUGGCACCAUAUAGGAGUUUUAAUUGAUUUUUGUUCUUUCUAAGCACAUUAAGUUCGAUUAUAAAUCUGUAAUUUGAGUGCUUUGUUUGUUGAA